AUGAAAACUCAAAUCGGCUUGGGUGUACUGUCUAUCCCAUCUGCAUUUGAUACAUUGGGCCUGAUGCCUGGAGUGCUUUGCCUGGUUGCAAUAGCGAUUAUCAACUGCUGGUGCAGUUACAUGGUCGGCAGCUUUAAGCUCAACCACCGUGAAGUGUAUGGUAUUGACGACGCGGCUGGACUCAUGUUCGGCCCAGUUGGACGUGAGGUCCUCGGAGCCGGAUUCAUUCUUUAUCUGACAUUUGUUGCUGCUUCCGGUAUACUUGGCAUCUCGAUCGCUCUGAAUGCGAUCUCAACCCAUGGAGCUUGCACAGCUAUCUUCGUUGCUGUCGCCGCUAUUGGGGUGUUUUGUCUUGCAAUUAUCCGUACUCUGAGCCGCGUGACUGUUAUUGCGUGGGGUGGGUUGGCAUGUAUUCUCAUUGCCAUCCUCAUCGUCACAAUCGGGGUCGGCGUAGAGGACCGCCCUUAUGCCGCACCGCCAGGCCCUUGGGUUUCAGACUAUCAAAUUGUCAAUAAUCCCAGCUUCGCCGAUGGAAUAUCAGCAAUUUGUACCCUCAUCUUUGCCUACGGCGGUGUACCUUUUUUCUUCCCGAUCAUAGCCGAAAUGCGUGAUCCUCGUCACUACACAAAGUCCUUAGUCGCAUGCCAAACCGUUGUCACAGUGAUCUACGUGACAAUUGGGAUCGUGGUGUACUACUACUGCGGAUCCUACGUUGCCUCGCCUGCCCUUGGUUCCGCGGGAAGGUUGAUUAAACAGAUUGCCUAUGGCAUUUCUCUUCCGGGUCUAUUAGCGAGUGCAACGAUCUGUACGCAUUCCCUAAAGUGA